AUGACGGAAACCACCCCAACCACCACCCCCUCCUCCCCACCAUCAUCACCAAAAGACCCCUUCCGCCUCGACGGCAAAGUAGCCCUAGUAACCGGCUCCGGCCGCGGCAUAGGCGCAGGAAUAGCCCUCGCCCUCGCCCACCGCGGCGCAAAGCUCAUCAUCAACUACGCGCACUCAUCCGCGCCAGCCGAAGCCCUCGUCUCCGAAAUCAAAGCCCUCGGCCCCGGCUCCGACGCCAUCGCCAUCAAAGCCGACGUCUCUGACGUGGACCAAAUCACGGCGCUCAUGUCCCAGGCCGUCGCCCAUUUUGGCAAGCUCGACAUCGUCGCCUCCAACAGCGGUGUUGUGUCCUUUGGUCAUUUGAAGGAUGUCACCCCUGAGGAGUUUGACAGGGUUUUUGGCGUGAACACGAGGGGGCAGUUUUUUGUUGCGAGGGAGGCGUAUAGACAUUUGGAGGUGGGGGGACGGAUUAUAAUGACUAGCUCGAAUACGGCGAGUGUGAAGGGGGUGCCGAAGCAUGCUGUUUAUAGUGGUUCUAAGGGGGCGGUGGAGACUUUUGUGAGGUGUUUGGCCAUCGACUGCGGAGACAAAAAGAUCACCGUCAAUGCUGUCGCGCCUGGGGCGAUCAAGACGGACAUGUAUGCUGCUGUGGCUCGCGAGUACAUCCCUGGUGGGGAGAACUUUACCGACGAGCAGGUUGAUGAGUGUGCAGCUUGGCUAUCGCCCCUUCAGCGGGUGGGACUGCCUGACGAUGUUGCCCGCGCGGUGUGCUUUCUAGCCUCGGACGCUGCCGAAUGGGUCAAUGGCAAGAUCAUCGGCAUUGAUGGUGGUGCGUUUAGGUAA